AUGAUUUUGAUAAUCACUUGUUAUAUACGAAUGAUGUCUUACAUUGAGGAGUGUAAAAAGGAUUUGCUUUCGUUGACCACCAAAAUUGAUGGACUCAUUGCCGUCAUUAUCACCGACAAAGAAGGCGUACCACUCAUUAAGGUGGUGAACGAUUCGAGUGACCCGAGUCUGACGGGUAGGCCAUCGUUGGUGUCGUCCAACUUCACCACAGGUGUAGAGCAGGCGAGUAAACUGGGCAUUGAAAAUAUAUAUAUCAUGUCUGCAAAUAUCUCAUCAAUCAAUGAGUCGAUGGACACGACGGGAACCCUUUCCACGUCCAUCAGUUUGACGACUAAAUUAUAUAAAAAACGUUAUUUUAUUUUACUAUUGUUUAUACUGUUGUCGAUGUCUAACGCGUUUCAAUGGAUUGAAUACGCGAUUAUCGAGAAUAUUGUCGUCAAAUAUUACGGGACGACAACCUUUUGGGUGAACUGCACUUCAGUAGUAUUUAUGGCCGCAUAUAUCGCUGGCAUACUUCCGGCCACUUUCCUUCUCGACACUAAAGGACUCCGAUUUUGCAUACUUUUUGGCUCUUUUGUCAAUUGUCUCGGCUCUUGGAUCAAGUGUUUUAGUGUGGAAACCGAUCGGUUUUAUGUGACAAUGAUUGGACAGAGUGUUGUGGCCGUCGCGCAACUCUUUAUCCUUAAUAUUCCUCCACUUUUGGCUGCGGUUUGGUUCUCGGAUAAGGAGGUGUCGCGCGCCACCGCUUACGGGGUAUUUGGCAAUCAAGUGGGCAUUGCUAUCGGAUUCUUCGUCCCCUCUCUAAUAGUGCCUAACUUUAGCAAUGAUAACGACUCGCACGACAUCACAACACUUUCCUCGACAACAGUUAUCGACAUAUCCGAUAAGAUCAUCGGCACCGCAGAGGUCGGGUCCGGUCUGCGGACACUGUUCUUCGGUGUGGCUAUAUUUACCACAUUGUUAUUCGUGUUGAUAGUGUUAUUCUUCAAAGACAAACCAGAUCUGCCUCCGAGCACAGCGCAGGCCAACGCACAGGCGGUCAACGAGAACUCAUCGUUUAUGGGUUCACUUAAAGCGUUGGCCACGAAUCCAAACUAUGUCCUCUUAUUCUUCACGUACGGCUUAAAUACCGGUGUAUUCUAUGCGGUGUCCACUGUAUUGAAUCAGAUGGUGACCGGAGCUCUGGGCGAGCACUACGUGAAAGAAGCGGGUUAUAUGGGCUUUACGUUAACUUUGGCCGGAAUUCUCGGUUCAAUCGUUUGCGGGUAUCUCUUAGACUGGACUAAACUAUUCAAACAGAUAACACUUGGCGUAUAUCUGCUAUCAUUGGUGGGAAUGAUUGCAUUUACAGUCACUCUACACUUCAAAUCUGUUUGGUGUAUGUUUUUGGUUUCGGCAAUUCUCGGCUUCUUUAUGACCGGAUAUCUACCGCUCGGCUUUGAAUUGGCCGCAGAAAUCAGUUACCCUCAGCCCGAAGGCACGUCCGCUGGACUAUUGAACGCAUCCGCACAGAUAUUUGGAGUGAUCUUCACAUUUGGUGGUUCAGCGAUCAUAGACUCGUACAACAGUUUAUCCGCAAACUUAGGUUUUGUGGGCGCUUUAGUCUUGGGAUCCGUACUCACGGUUCUCAUCAAAGCUGACCUCCGAAGACAGUCGGCCGAAAAGAACACAAAUAAUGCAAACAAUGAAACAAAACAAUUGAAUCAAAUUUGA